CGAGGAGAGUCGGUGUGCGAGCCGUGGAGCAGGAGCGAAGGCAGACGACAGCCGCUGCGCGCAGGCAUGGACCCAGAGGUGGUCCUAGCCGUCACCAUCGGCUCCCAUUACUGCUUCAACAUAUUUUUAACAGUUAUGUUUGCCUUCUUCGUGGUUUCCUUUGGGGAGUUCUAGGCGCUCCAAGUACCGAAACCUGCUUUUAUUUCCUUAUUAUUUUUAUUUGUUUUUUUUGACUAAGGGACCUCGACAAUCUCUUUUUUUUUUUGCUCUCCAGCCGCCGCAGCUUGCUUUUACUUACGCGAAACGGGUCUCCCGGAUACUGAACUGAGUGUUCUCCAACUGGACAGAGGGAUAUUUUAGUUCCCCCACUCCAAAUUUACGGCUUUGAUUCAUCGACAGAGAGCGGCUCGGCAGGUAUUGUCCCGGUUUUUCGUUGUUUUGAUUUUCACUGCGCAUCUUCCGUGUUCGCGUCCCUGAAGAGAUUUUUUCCUUUUUUUUUUUCUUCUGCAGAAGCUGUACGGAGAUGUUUUGUAUUUGCUGUUUGCAAACAUAUUUCACGCGUCCCAGAGAGACGGGCUGUUACCUGCGUGUCUCGGACUGACAGCUUGAGAAUGCCUCCGUAGCGGUCUUUCCUUAUAGCAGUGCCUGGCUCUUAGUGCGCCCACAGUGUCCUGGGAAUACAGAAACACCCCCCACCACCACCACCACCUGCAAAGAAGACUGGAGGAGAAGAAGCCAGGCGGCGAUUUCUCUCGGGCAAUGAAGAGGAGGAGGCUGGUACUGUGCCCUGCCGGAGUUUCACCCAGCCGUGUGCUCUGCUGAACACCUUGCCCGUUCACCGGCUUUAUUCUGCGAGAGAAGUUGAAAAUCAGAAGGCGUUUUCCAGGGCUUACCGGUGUCACAACCUCUCCCUCUCGAGGCUUUCCGCUCGGUCCGAGAGUCGCGCGGUGGAGUUGUCGCCCCUUACCUGUCGGCGCGCCCAGCUCGGCGAGGCCGAAGAAGUCGCCGCCGCACACGGCGAGAGAAGGCGAUAGCGAGAGGGAGGGGCUGGGGGUCUCCUUGCCCGCCCGGACGCGCCCGACCAUGGCUCUGCCGGACCACGCCAGCGGCUGCCCGCCUGGGGAGGAGCCGGCAUUCCCGGAGAUCGUGGAGCUGAACGUGGGCGGCCAGGUGUACAUCACCCGCUCCUCCACCCUCACCAGCGUGCCCGACUCGCUGCUCUGGGAGAUGUUCAGCCGCAAGAGCGCCAGGGGGCUAGCGCGGGACGCCAAGGGGCGCUUCUUCGUGGACCGGGACGGCUUCCUGUUCCGCUACAUCCUGGACUACAUGCGCGACCAGACCCUGGUGCUGCCCGAGCACUUCCCCGAGCGCGGCCGGCUGCAGCGCGAGGCCGAGUUCUUCAACCUGCCCGAGCUGGUCAAGCUGCUGGCGCCCAGGAUCAGCAAGCAGAACUCGCUGGGCGACGACGGCUGCCCCAGCGACCCCGAGGAGUCCUCGCCCACCGCCGACGCCGCCGCGCGCAACCUGUCCUCGCUGGGUGCCGCCGCCGCCGCCGCCUGUGCCAGUCUGACCCCCGGGGGCGGCGCCGAAACCCGGCGCUCCGGCUUCAUCACCAUCGGGUACCGGGGCUCUUACACCCUGGGCCGCGACAGCCAGACGGACGCCAAGUUCCGGCGGGUUGCGCGCAUCAUGGUGUGCGGGAAGACUUCGCUGGCCAAGGAGGUGUUCGGCGACACCUUGAACGAGAGCCGGGACCCCGACCGGCCCCCCGAGCGCUACACCUCCCGCUACUACCUGAAGUUCACCUUCCUGGAGCAGGCCUUCGACCGGCUGGCCGACGCCGGCUUCCACAUGGUGGCCUGCAACUCCACGGGCACCUGCGCCUUCGCCCACGACCAGACCGACGACAAGAUCUGGACCAGCUACACCGAAUACGUGUUCUACCGUAAAGGCGAAGUCGGGAGCGAGGAGGAGGGCGGCAGUCGGCCACUUCCUGGAACAGACUGCCCCCAUGCGCGAAAGGCUGUGUCCCUGCCUGUUUCCCACCUGUGAGUGUGUGAAGAAGGAAUGUCCA